GCCGCGGCCGGGAGGAGGCGGAGGAGCCAAGAUGGACGCCGGGUUCUUCCGCGGAACCAGUGCAGAGCAGGACAAUCGCUUCAGCAACAAGCAGAAGAAGCUGUUGAAGCAGCUGAAAUUUGCAGAAUGCUUAGAAAAGAAGGUGGACAUGAGCAAAGUAAAUCUGGAAGUAAUCAAACCAUGGAUAACAAAACGAGUAACGGAAAUCCUUGGGUUUGAAGAUGAUGUAGUAAUUGAAUUUAUAUUCAACCAGUUGGAAGUGAAGGCCUGAACCAAAAUGGAAGUUAUUCCUUGCGUCUGAAGUAUAGCACCAUCACCUUAUUAGGUCACAGCAGAGUGAGUGUCCAAUGUCGCUCUGACCCAACUCCCUUGAUGAUGCAGUGUGUGUUUGGAGGUGAGUUGUGUAAAGUGGCCGAACCAAAAACAUCCAGGAAAGAGCAAUUGGGCAAAGCUUUACACUGCUCUUGAAAUUACUGUAAAGUAGAUCAGGUUUUUUAUGUGCAGCAUGAGGGGAAUUCUGAACUUGGAUGGUAUUUUAAUGGAGAGUGCUGGAGUCAGUUUAGAGGCCAGAUCUGUAGAUCUCUGUUAAUUUUUUCUGUUGUUAAUUACUGGAGGCAAUAUAUCCAGAUAGUAUUUGUAUUUGCUGUAGUUAAUCUUCAGACUGAUACAGUAUGAACAUUAUUGAGAUCAUUUAAUGCAGUAAACGUGUGAAGGGUAUGAAUAAAAUGAGGUGGUAAUACACUCAGUUUUUCUUAAUAUCUACCACUGUGCCACUGCAACCCAAGGGACAGUAAAAGAUGUACAAUAUGAAUUAUUGGCAAACAUUCUCAUGCUGAUGUACUUUACACUUAAUCUUUCUUCCUAAGAGUUCAACCUUUGUGUUUUGAGAGAACAGUUGGCAUUUCAACUGAUAAAGGUAUUGCUGUUUAAAAAAAAAAACCUUUAAAUUUCGCUUUAUUCUGAAGAGAUUAGUAUCUGUUUCAUGAAUAUUUAGAUGCUUUUAUGUAUAGAGAACAAAAAGGGGAAAUAAGUUUAAGUGCUAAGCUAACUAAAGCCAGGGUUCGUAAUAGGAAAUGUUUUUUAUCAUGUGUUAGUGUAAUACAAUCUGAAUACUCAUUUUAAUUCCCCUUGUACUGAGCAUGAUUAAAGUUUUUUAGAACUUUUUUUAAAAAAAAAACAAUCUUUUCUUUUUUUGUGGUUGUGUACUCAUUAUUGCUUGUUCGUCUUUUGCAAUUUAGAUAAAUGAUAUAACAUUAAACUCAAGGUGGUUGAGUUGCAGUAGGGAGUCGGAAGCAAGCCAAGGGAACAUCUUUCUCUACAGGGGACUUGGCGAUUCCAAACCCCUCCCAAGGUUCCAAGAAGAAACUGAAGACACCUGGAAUCUGUACUUGCUUUGUGCUGUUGAGCUGUGCUUGUUAUAUGGACCUUGUUGCUUGACCAACAACCAACAUUAGAAUUUAAAAAGCCCACUUUUAACUUUGAACCUCUUUGACCUCUUAACCCUUUGUGGCCAUGACACGAUGACUUUGAGGAGAACCUAACCCAGAUUCCAAAAUGAUGCAAAUCAACCUGACUGGUUUUUUGAAUGGGAAAAAUGCUAGGGAGUUCAUGGGAGAACUGUGGCCACUGCUAUUAAGUGCACAAGAAAACAUUGCUGGUAUUCCAACUGCAUUUCUGGAACUGAAGAAAGAAGAAAUAAAACAGCGACAGAUAGAGCAGGAGAAACUGGCUUCCAUGAAGAAACAAGAUGAAGACAAGGAGAAGAGAGAUAAGGAAGACAAAGACAACAGAGAAAAAAGAGACAGAUCCAGGAGUCCAAGAAGGCGCAAGUCCAGGUCUCCCUCCCCUCGGCGAAGGUCGUCGCCGGUGCGCAGGGAGCGGAAGCGGAGCCAUUCCCGCUCCCCCCACCACCGGACCAAGAGCCGCAGUGCCACUCCUGCCCCGGAGAAGAAAGAGGCCACUCCUGAGCCAGAACCCUCCGUGAAACCAAAGGAGACCGUUGUUCAAGAGGCAACUUCAAACAGUGAUAUCCCAAAAGCUCCUAAACCUGAACCUCCUGUACCAGAGACUAAGGAAACUUCACCAGAACGUAAUUCAAAGAAGGAGAGAGAGAAGGAGAAAGAGAAGACUCGUCAAAGAUCCCCAACUCGGUCCAAGUCAAGGUCAAGAUCUCGAUCCCGUUCUCCGUCUCAUUCUCGACCCAGAAGGCGUCAUAGAUCACGGUCCAGGUCUUACUCCCCUAGAAGGCGACCGAGCCCCCGCCGACGGCCGUCCCCGCGGAGGAGGAGCCCACCCAGGCGAAUGCCUCCCCCACCCAGGCACAGAAGAAGCAGGUCCCCCGUGAGGAGGAGAAGACGCUCCUCGGCCUCCUUAUCCGGCAGCAGCUCUUCCUCCUCCUCCUCGCGCUCCCGCUCUCCGCCAAAGAAGCCUCCCAAAAGAACCGUGUCCAGCCCUCCUCGGAAAACCCGCCGGCUCUCCCCUUCCACCAGCCCUCCUCGGCGGAGGCACCGACCGUCGCCGCCCCCGAGCCCCCCGCCCAAACCCCGCCGGUCCCCGACGCCGCAGCAGUCGAACCGCGCCAGGAAGAGCCGCGGCUCCGUCUCGCCGAGCAGAGCUUCAGCACCCAAACAUAAGAGUACUGAAAAAAGAGAGUCUCCCUCGCCAGCACCAAAGCCAAGGAAGGCAGAGCUGUCGGAAUCAGAAGAAGACAAAGGAGGUAAAAUGGCUGCAGCAGAUUCUGUCCAACAGAGGCGCCAGUACAGGAGGCAAAACCAACAGUCAUCAUCUGAUUCUGGUUCUUCAUCUUCCUCUGAAGAGGAAAGACCCAAGAGGUCCAACGUGAAGAACGGGGAGGUCGGCCGACGCCGGCGCCACUCGCACUCCCGCAGCCCCUCGCCGUCUCCACGGAAACGACAGAAGGAGUCCUCCCCUCGGAUGCAGAUGGAAAAGAGGUGGCAAUCGCCAGUGAUGAAAAGCAGGAGGAGGAGGAGUCCCUCUCCACCCCCGGCGCGGCGGCGACGCUCGCCCUCCCCGGCCCCCCCUCCCCGGCGCCGGCGCUCCCCGUCCCUGCCCCGGCGAAGGUCUCCCUCCCCGCCCCCUCGCAGGCGCUCUCCCUCUCCCCGGCGAUACUCCCCCCCUAUCCAGAGGCGAUAUUCUCCAUCACCACCUCCCAAGAGAAGAACAGCUUCCCCUCCUCCCCCUCCCAAACGAAGGGCGUCCCCUUCCCCGCAGUCGAAGCGCAGAGUCUCCCACUCGCCGCCUCCAAAACAGAGGAGCUCCCCGACUGCCAAGCGACGCUCCCCUUCCGUGUCUUCCAAGCACAGGAAGGGGUCUCCUCCCAGCAGGUCCAACCGGGAAACGCGUUCCCCACCGCAAAACAAAAGGCAUUCACCCUCGCCACAGCCUCGAGCUUCCCACCCCUCUGCCAGCCCACCGCCGCCGCGCAGGGGAGCGUCAGCGUCGCCCCAGAGGAGACAGUCCCCAUCUCCCAGCUCCAGACCCAUCCGCAGGGUGUCCAGGACGCCUGAACCCAAGAAGACAAAGGCUUCCACCCCCAGCCCCCGGCGCGUGUCCUCGUCUCGCUCGGCCUCGGGGUCACCCGAACCAGCACCCAAAAAGCACCAAGGACCUGCAUCUCCUGCUCGCUCUCGUUCUCCCUCUGCCAACUGGUCACCUGCAAAAAAGGCCAAAAGCCCAACUCAGAGCCCCUCACCUGCCAGGAAUUCAGAUCAAGAAGGGGGCGGCAAGAAGAAGAAGAAAAAGAAGGAUAAGAAGCAUAAAAAGGAUAAAAAGCACAAGAAGCACAAAAAACAUAAGAAGGAGAAGGCGGCCGCGGCCGCAGCAGCUGCUGCUGUGGCUGCAGCAGACACCACCUCAACACAGGAAGACCAGGAAGCAGAGACAGAACCCAAAAAGGAGACAGAAAGUGAACCUGAAGACAACCUGGAUGACCUAGAGAAGCACUUGCGAGAGAAGGCCCUGAGGUCCAUGAGGAAGGCGCAAGUAUCCCCACCAUCCUAGGCCCGGCCCUUUGAUAUAAUGUACAUUUUAUUUGGUUUGUACUCAGAAUUCAAUUUCAAAUUGCUAAAUGUGUUUGAGCUUUAGAAUAUAACAUUUGUUGUAAUAAUUGCUAGGUUGAGGUUCACCAUGUACAAAAGGGCAUGGAUUUACAUUACAAAAGGUGUCCACAGUGUACUAGUGACAUUCUUUCAUUGACAGCAUAAUUUCAUUUAGAGUGAGACUUCUUAGAAGCAGUAGGAAUUUUGUUUUGAAGGUUUGAAACAUGACCGUCAAUUCCCUUGUUUCUUUGAACUCCAACAAAGCCUUGAGCAUAAUUUGUGAGGGUCUCAUUUGACUUCUUUUGUAUCCACUUACAUGAUGCUACUAACCUUUGUGGUUUGUAAGCUUGCCCAGGAGUAAAACCACUGCAGAAUUCCAAGGAAGUACAUCCAUAUUUUAAUGCUUUCUACUGUUGCCUGUAUAGUCUCCAUUAAAGCCAAUCAAGAAUAGCAAUUUAGAAUGGUACACAAAUGAAAGCAUGUUGUUUACCAGGACACUGUGGGUUUAUAUUGAUGUUAACAUGUUGAUUUGGAACACUGGAAUUUCAUUUGUAUUUUUAUGUUCUUUUUUUAAAGGGCAGUUUCCAUGAUCAGCAGUCCCAGAAAAAAAAAAAUAAUAAUUCCUUCAGUUCCAUAAAUUUUGUUUGUGAGCUGUCGUUGCCCCAAUUCAUAAAUCUUGUCUCGUUACGGUUCUUCGGAAUGGUCAGAGCAACUUUCAGAGAUGUGGUCUUUGAAAGUGUGAGGAACCUGAACUUUGGAUAUUGUCAUGUUUUCACUGUUCUUUGUUUUUGUUUUUUUAACUAAAGCUAUAUAAAGCUUGUGGAUUAAACAAAAUAAAUUUCUAAAUUUAAACAGA